AUGGAUUAUGUCAAGAAAUAUGAGCAAUGCCAAAAAUACGCUCCUAUGAUACACCAAGCAGGAGAACUCUUGCAUUCCGUCACUUCUCCAUGGCCAUUUAUAAAGUGGGGAAUGGAUAUCGUCGGACCCCUCCCAGCAGGCCGAGGUGCAUACACCCAAAUACGAGAGAAAGAAGCCAUCGCAUUCAUAUGGAAAAAUAUAAUAUGCCGCUUCGGCAUUCCUAAAAAAAUCAACUGCGAUAACGGACCUCAGUUCGUCGGGAAGAAAACGACUGAAUUUUUUGAAAAAUGGCGCAUUAAACGGAUACUCUCCACCCCAUACCAUCCUGCCGGUAACGGUCAAGAUGAAUCCUCCAACAAAAAGAUAUUAAAUAUAUUGAAGAAGAAGCUCGAGGAUGCCAAUGGGCUAUGGCCAGAAUUGCUACCAGAGGUCGGAGAACUUAACAUGAGAUACUCUAAUGAGAGUGGACCCAGCAACGACGAAAGCAGAUUACAAGACCUGGAUGAAGUCAAAGAGCGAAGGGAUAUUGCUCACAUAAGAAUGAUAGCCCAAAAACAAGAAGCAAAAAGGUACUAUAACAAGAAGUCCAAAGUAUGA